GUUCACACUUUAAUACUUCUUUGGUGGACACAAAUAUAUUUGUAAACCCAAACAUAGACUGACAUGCCCUUGACCCUAUUUUUACUCUGUUAUCUGCAGAAAACAUCACUCUAAUAUUUUCCUUAAGGAAAGAACAUACAUCCUCAAGGUGGGAAGUAACAGCGCAGCCAAUAUAAGAACAAAGUGCACAGAUAUUCAAAUGUCCUUUCAGUACUCUCUCUAUGCAACCACCUACAUCGUCAUAUUCAUCCCUGGUCUUUCGGCCAACAGUGCAGCCUUGUGGGUUCUGUGCCACUUCAUCAACAAGAAAAAUAAAGCCAUUAUUUUCAUGAUCAGCCUCUCUGUAGCUGAUCUUGCUCAUAUGCUGUCUUUACCUCUCCGGAUUUACUAUUUCAUUAGCCACCACUGGCCCUUCACAAAGGCCAUUUGCCUGCUGUGCUUCUACUUGAAGUAUCUCUACAUGUGUGCCAGCAUUUGUUUCCUGAUGUGCAUCAGUCUUCAGAGAUGUUUCCUUCUCCUCAAGCCCUUUAGAGCCAGAGACUGGAAGCGUAGGUAUGAUGCAGGCACCAGUGCUGGCAUCUGGAUCAUUGUGGGGAAUGCCUGUUUGCCACCUCCAAUUCUGAGGAGUGCUGGCUUAGCCAACAACACUGAAUACUGCUUUGCCAAUUUAGGGUUUCAGCACAUUAUCAUGGCUUCCUCCAUUCGUAUAACUGUAGCUAAACUUGGAAGUUUUUUUUUACCUGUUGCCAUUAUAACGUAUUGCACAUGGAAAACGAGAAAAUCUUUACAGGAAUUCCAAGUUCCUGCUCAGAAUACCAAAGAGAGAAAGAAGUCUUUGUUGCUGGUUCUGAUAUAUGCAGUGGUGUUCAUUGUGUGUUUCCCUCCUUACCACCUCAACUUCCCAUUCUAUAUGAUGGUGAAACAACAUGUCUUUUCAAACUGUUCUUUUUUAAGAUCAUCCUAUGUUUUUACAUCAUCUCUAUGUCUUGCAGAUCUGAAUUGCUGCCUUGAUCGCGUUGUAUAUUAUUUUACGACCUCAUAAUUCCACAAUAGGUUUUUGGACUACAGUGGUUGGCUCCUCAGUCACGUGUGAGAUGCAAGGACAGUGCUUUGGAAAUUCAUCACAGGAAGGAGAAACCUCAAACUAUCUCUCUUACAAAUUUGAAUGAUUCCAAGAUAAUACAAUCAAAUAAAUAACUAGAAUAAUCUAUGUUCUCUAUCAGUUUAGCUAUGUCACCUUGAAUAUUUUUAAAAAAUGGUACUGUUCAAUGCCUUAAGAAAACAUGGCCUCCUUCCUUUCAUCUCCAAAAUCCUCCUUCUGAAGGAAUUAUUCAUGACUAUAUUUUCUAUCCAAAUGGAAACAUGCUGUUCUAUGGAUAGUAAAAUAUCUUAUUUAUAGAAAGUAAUAAGCAUCAGAAUAAAUUGCACACCUGUUCCUCAGAAAUAGAUCCAAUGUUCUCACUUUCUCCUGCAAGAAACAAAAAGUAAAUUUAGAAUCAGUGGACAUAGGUGAAUUGUCCAAAAAUUGUAAAAUAUACAGAAUAGGAUCCUGACUUUAUUUUAAAAAUACAUACUAGAGCAAA